UUUGUUCCUUGCCCGAGAAGCUGGGACGAAGAGAUGAUGCCAAGGGCGAGCAUCUCUGCGUCAGGACGCUGUGCCGAGUUGCGAGCCGCAUCGUCAAAUGCAUGUGAAGCCCAGGACCGAUCGACCCAGGACAGGCACGAGCUAGGCUUGGAGAUCGUCGAUCGCCUUCUGGGCAGGCCCUUCUACGAUUCGCCAGGGGUUACCUAGUCGGCAUUGGCCGACAACCUAGGCGCUGUUUGAACCCCUCCAUACUCCCCUCCUGCUCAUUUAAUGCUGCCAACUGCCCCGUGUUAGCACCAUCCCGACGCCGCGCACAGCACCAGAUCCGUCGCCAUCUCACCCAACGCCUUUUUUUUCUCCGCGGGCGGGCCUGCUGCUAAAAAAGACUCGGCGCCACCUCGGCCCGUCCUUGCGCAGGAGAAAGCGAGAGAAAGCCCCAGCCCGCCUUGGGUCUGCGCCACGCACGCACGCACCUCCCCAUGGCCGUCGCCGCUGGUCUCGUCGCCGCCGCCAUGCCCGACGGGGCGGCCGCUGAUGUCGGCGACAGCAGCCGCGGCGUCGCCGACAGGCUGCCGGGCGAGCUACGCUACCUGCGCUACCAGCACGACCUAGAGGAGCAGUACCUGCCCUCGAUCCGCGCCCUCAUCUCCAAGGACCUGAGCGAGCCGUAUAGCAUAUAUGUCUACCGAUAUUUCCUGUACCAAUGGGGCCACCUCUGCUUCAUGGCGCUGAACCCGACCGACGCCUCCCUGGUGGGCGUCGUCAUCUGCAAGCUGGAGACGCACGCGUCGCACUCACCGCCGACGCGGCGCGGCUACAUUGCCAUGCUGGCCGUGUCGGCGCCGUUCCGCGGCCACGGCGUGGCGACGGCGCUGGUGCGCCAGGCCAUCGACGCCAUGGCCGAGCGCGGCGCCGACGAGGUCGUGCUCGAGACGGAGGAGUCAAACGCCCCCGCCAUGCGCCUGUACGAGCGCCUCGGCUUCAUGCGCUCCAAGAAGCUGCACCGCUACUACCUCAACGGGAGCAGCGCCUACCGCCUGGUGCUGCUGCUCAAGCACAUCGACCCGGACGAGGCCACCGACCUGGCCCUCGACGAGAGUGACGUCGUUGACUACCCGAGGCCUGAGCAGAUUCGGGCCGCCGGCGGGUAGUCGGGUCGCCCGUUAGGUGUGAGAAAUCAGGGCCCGCCAGAACACAAAAGUCCUGAGGAUUUAGACGCCGAGUUCGCACCAUUUUGGGUGCAGCCUGACACUGGACUCUGCCACGAAUAAGUAUGGGCAUGAUCAAUCAUGUAGGCGGGUGAUUCUGUCAUCGCGCUACAUAAGUGAAACGGAAAACCUAGGAUGUGUCUUUUGUGGCAUGGGUCAGUGAUUGGUAUAACCGCAAGUCAGCCGAAGGCCAUCGACUGAUACCGCACGUCGAGGAGAAAUCCUCUGGCCGUCUUAUGAGAUAUGAGGACGUGGAGAUGUUGAUGGCGUGGGACAUUCCGCAACGACCCUAGUAGAAAAAAAACGCAUUAUGCCUAGGUUACAGUUUUAUAUAUCGAGGUUUGAGCAACACGGGUAAAGUGAUUCGCAACACA